AUUCGUUAAAAUAGAUCACUAACAUCAGAUUUGCUAUGUCAAGUUCCAACGGUCUUGGACCGUCGGAUCGCUUGUCAUAUGUGUUGGCAAAUCAGUUAUCAACUGACAGUAUUUCUGAAUUACUGGAGAAUACGGUGUUGCGACCGCCAUCUGAAAAUCCAUCUAAUUCACAGUUAUUUCAUCGUUUUUUGGAGUUAGUAACGUCAGAAUGUAGUAGUGGUAGUAGAUUCCAUUGUGGCGGCCCGGAGUCGUGUUGCGCGCCUUGCCGUGUUCUUCAUCAUCAUAUAAAGACGUAUGUAGAUGUGGCUACAUUGGAUGAGAUCCAAUCGCUUAGGAAGGAGUGUGGUUUAUGUGGUUAUGUGUAUUGCAACAGUCGUUUAAUCCGUGGAAGUAAGGGUGGAUCUGGGAGUUCCACUUUUAAGAUUGAUUUGUCUUCGCAGCGUGUGUUUCGUCGCGAUGUGUACGAUUCAUUUUGCAGUUCAGUAUGUAUAGAUAAGAAUGAGGAUGUAACUGCUGCUGCAUCAAAUUCUCCAAUGGAGACAGGUGUAAUAACGCCUCGCGCCGUUCGCAAUUCCAGUACUAAAUCUCUGCAAACGCUGGUUAGUGGCAUGCUUAAGUUAGCUUCCUGCGAAAGGUUGGUUGAGCCGAGCAAAGUCAAUAGGGUUACGGUGCCUACACCGGUUUAUCGUGGUCAUGAUCCCGAGAUGCUCAACGACAAAUGUGUGAUGUUUAAUUACAAGUCUAUAUCUGACGUUCGUCAUGUACGAUUUGCGGAACCCCUUGAAUCUGUUGAGUGUAUUUCACCACGUCGAAUUGUGGAGUUAUCUGCUCCGUCAGACGAUAUAUCAGUAGAUCCCUCUUCUGUAGCGAGUGCUGUUAGUGACUCUGAUGUUACUAAGAAUGCAGUGAAAGAUGGUUAUCUUGAUAACAGUGAUUUGUAUGACUUGUCUGAGAUCUCCAAACCUCGUGUGUCCUUAUUAAAGUGUUUGAAUUUAUUUUCUAUAUUGUGGUAUACCCUGAGCACUUGCAUAACUUAUAAGACUCGAGAGUAUUUGAAUGUUGGUAAUGUUACUGGCUGCAGUUUUGACGACAAGAGCCGUGCUUGGUAUAAAGCUCUUCUUGUUUACGUCCCCGAGGUUUUAUUGCCUACUUUAUCUGAGCCUUUGCAAUGCUUGGUUUCUACAUUUCGCAUUGGUAAGAACACUCCUGAAUUGGAGAGCCACCAUUUCCGUGUUUUAUCUCACGUUUUACUUUACGUGUUACUGCGUGAUGGCGACCGCGUUCUCACCUUUGUAUCGAAUCGUGGUGAUUUGGAGCGCUUGCUGCGUGAGGUGGAAGACUAUUUAACGAAGUCCUGUAUGCUGCAGUCAGAUUCUAUAUCAGUUCUUUAUGAGCUAUUUACAGAAUGCGAAUAAACGUUU